AUGACCAAAGGUUGCUACACCUGUCGCCGCCGCCGCAUCAUCUGCGAUAAUGGCCAGCCCACCUGCAGGAAGUGCCACGAUGCGGGGAAAGAAUGUCUUGGUUACCAGAAGCCUCUGGUAUGGGUCAAAGGUGGCGUGGCUAGCCGCGGCAAGAUGAUGGGCCGCAGCUUCGACGAUGUAAAAAAACCAGCAGAGAGCUCGACCUCUCAACCUUCCUCUCAAUCGCAAACAUCCGCAGUGUCAGAUACCGGGUUCGGAUUCUUCUCUAUAGCCGAAUCGUCGCCCGACUCUGAAUCGCCGGGGUCUGGGACACAUACCAGCCCCGAAGACGAUACUUGGGCUUUGGAACCGUCAGAGGAUAUGGCUUUGGGGACCGGGGACGCAGAAUCUUUGUUGAACUUCAACCUACCAGAGGAAUCCGAUAACAGGGCAGUCCAUGUCCCUCGAGACACCGGUCAGUCCUUGUAUAUCCCAGCUCCUUGGGGACUGGUAGAUCCCCUACUCAAAGAUCUCAGCCAGAAUUCGCGCUUUUAUCUUUAUCACUACAACCAAAAUAUGGCAGAAGACUUCGUGGUGUAUGACCAGACCAAGAAUCCGUGGCGAGAUAUAAUUGCGUUGGUCAGCACAUCGCCCGUUCUCGCCCACGGUUUAUCUGCGAUGGGGGCCCUUCACUACUCACUUGCGACGAACGCGGACUCUUCAGUGAUGCCAUGGACAUCCUACAACCCUGCACCUGGUGCAAUACAGAUGUCCUCGGAGGAAAUUGAAAGCAUGGUCAUGCCCGCCAGCUCACGAAAGCCUACUUCUCAGCCAUACCAGCACUUUCUUGAGUUCAAGCAGCGAACUCUUGGUCAGCUGUCAAAGGACCUGGGAAACCCUGCAAUGCAGAACGAUGACCGCACAUUGGCUGCGAUCGUUGUCCUCGCUCUUUUAGAUCUCUUUGAGUCAGGCAGUGGUGCAUGGAGCUAUCAUAUUGAAGGCGCAAAGAAGCUUCUUCGGAGUCGACCGGAAAACGAACUUGGCAAAGGAAUUCUUCAAGGACUCGAGACCUUUGCAAUCGAUGGGUGUUUAAUAAUGGAAAUCAUGGGAUCUACCCUUGCGCGUCCAGGUGUUCUCUCUAAACCAUUUUAUUCCGAUACCCUGAGACCAGCAAUGCUCAAAAGACUUGAAGUCACAUCCUGGGUCGGUUGCCCAGCAUAUCUCCUCGAAGUCAUCUUCUUCGUACACGGCCUCUGGUACCCAGACUCUGACGCGACCACCAAUCCACAACCAACCGCUCUCCCCGAAUCCAUGCACCAAGAUCAGGGCAUCACCUUAGAAUCCCUCGUCGCGCUCCUCCAGGGCAUCCGCAAUUUUGACCCAGCAGCCUGGGCCCAAGAAAUGCAAGCCUACUAUUUCAUCUCCGACCUCUCCUACCGCACCGCCCUCGCCGCAUCCUACAAAGCCGCCGUCUACCUCUACACCAGCCGUGUGCUCUCACGCCCACGACAAGGCUUCUCACCCCCAUGGACCGAUCUCGGCACUCCUGCCGACCACCCCUUCAUGUGCGCCGAACUCAUCACUCAAAUAUGCGCCAUCCCUGCCUCCGACCCGCACUUCAAAUGCCUCAUCUGGCCCACCUUCAUUGCCGGCGCCGAGUGUCCUCGCUCGCAGCGGGCUCUCAUACUCGAGAAGCUGGGCGCUCUCUACAAGGCAGUGACUAGCGUCAACGUUCGUAAUGCUGCCUGGGUCCUCCGUCUCCUGUGGGAGAAACAUGGUACCAAACGGUCCAAGCACUACCAAGACCUUUCUUCUGGGUUUGUGGGCGAGCAGAUGGAACACGGCACUUUUGAGUAUGCCAACGACAGCUACAAUGAUGAGCUUGACAGUACAUUCGACUGGAUCGAUGAAAUGGACGAAUCACGUCUGGAUUGGUUGUUCAUUUGA